UCUUCACUCUCCUCCCUCCUCUUCCCUUCGGGUCCCUCUUCUCUUCUGGCACCCAGAGGGCCCCCCCCCAGGGGCUGAGGGCCUGAGGGCGGGAGUGGAGGUGAGGGGGGACCACAGCAGGGAGGCUGGGUGUGUCCUGGUACCAAGCGCCCAGCCGGAGGGCCGGGGGCGAGGGCCUCCGAGGGCAGCGGAGCCGGAGGCUCAGUGACUCCCCGUGGGCAGGGGCUGGAGGAGGCUGCCCGGCAGGUGACUGAUCGGAGAUCCCGGUUCUGCCCGCAGUGACCACAGCCCUCCCGGAGCCGCCGGGCCCGGGGCCCGCCAUGCGCAGCACCACGCUCCUGGCCCUGCUGGCGCUGGUCCUGCUCUACCUGGUGCUGGGCGCGCUGGUGUUCCGGGCGCUGGAGCAGCCGCUGGAGCAGCAGGCCCAGCGGGAGCUGGGGGAGGUCCGGGAGAAGUUCCUGCGGACCCACCCGUGCGUGAGCGACGGGGACCUGGGGCUCCUCAUCAAGGAGGUGGCCGAUGCCCUGGGCGGGGGCGCAAACCCUGAUAUCAACUCCACCGGUCAAGGCAACUACUCGGCCUGGGACCUGGGCGCCGCCUUCUUUUUCUCCGGCACCAUCAUCACCACCAUCGGCUAUGGCAACGUAGCCCUGCGCACAGACGCCGGCCGCACCUUCUGCAUCGUCUACGCGCUGGUGGGCAUCCCGCUGUUCGGGUUCCUGCUGGCAGGGGUCGGGGACCGGCUGGGCUCCGCCCUGCGCCACGGCAUCGGCCACAUUGAAGCCAUCUUCCUGAAGUGGCACGUGCCCAAGGAGCUGGUGCGGGUCCUGUCGGCGGUGCUCUUCCUGCUGGUCGGCUGCCUGCUGUUUGUGGUCGCCCCCAUGUUCGCCUUCUGCUACACCGAAGGCUGGAGCAAGCUGGAAGCCAUCUACUUCGUGGUGGUGACGCUCACCACCGUGGGGUUCGGGGACUAUGUGGCCGGUGAGGCCCCCUUUCUGGAGCUGUGCUUUCCUGCCCGCCUUUUCCUGCCCAGGCUCUGCCUCCCCCGUCUCCCACCCAACUCCGCGGGCCUUGUGCCCUCAAACGGGAUGACCCCAAUGCUAUGUCCGCGCACGGAAGGCACCCUCACCUGGUUGCACGGAUGCAACACUUUCAUUCUUGCAUGCCUGCAUGCAUGUUCACACACAUGUCAGGGUGCACCCCUCACACAUGCUCCCACUCUUGCACGUGAGCGCUCCCACUCCCACGCUCUUACCUUGCGCCCCUUCGGGCCAUGCGCGCUCACGUGGCAUGCCUGCACACACCGCCCGAGCCCUGUCCGGGAGGGGAUCCUCUCUCUCCUGAGCUGGGGAGAGGGGCCCGCACCCACCUCUCUGCCUUCCCCCCCGCGUCCCAGGCGCCGACCCCGGCCACACGCACGCAGCCUACCAGCCGCUGGUGUGGUUCUGGAUCCUGCUGGGCCUGGCCUACUUCGCCUCGGUGCUCACCACCAUCGGGAACUGGCUGCGCGCCGUGCUCCGCCGCACGCGGGCCGAGAUGGGCGGCUUCACGGCCCAAGCCGCCAGCUGGACCGGCACCGUGACGGCGCGGGUGACCCAGCGAGGCGGGCCCGCCAUCCCGCCGUCGCCGGAGAAGGAGCGGCCGCCGCCCGCGCCCCCCGCGCCCCCCGCGCCCCCCGCACCCCCGGAGAAGGCCGCCCCGCCCCUCGCCUCCCCGCCCUCCGCCCCCGCGCCCCCGGCCUCGGCGCUGGACUACCCCGGCGAGGGCCUGGCCUUCAUCGACGACUCCUCCGACACGCAGAGCGAGCGCGGCGGGGUGGCCCGCGCGCCCCGGGGCCGCCGCCGCGCCCCGCGCCCCGCCAGGAGGCCCGCCCGGCCCCGCGGCCCCCGGCGCCCCCGCCACCAGGGCGCGCCGGUGUAGGCGGCACGGCGCCCGGCUCUGCCCGCGGGCUCCGCUCGGGCCAGAGAACCCUGCGCGCCCGGCCCCCCUCGCUCCGUCACCUCCUGCCCCGUGGGGCCCGCUCCUGUCCGGGACCGGCCCGCACCCCGCUGGGCCUCAGGCCCCAAUAAAGGGAACUUUACCGCUGCGCGUGCGCUCCGAGGGCGCGAGUGGGGGCGAGUGCGGGGCGGGGCCCCCUGGGAGCCAGGCCGCCGGCCUCCCGCACCC